UAAAGCAUUUAAAGAAAACCCUAUAAUUCCAAACAAUCAGAAACUAAAAUAGAAACUCAAAUAUACUGAUAAGUACUUCUAAACACACAGAAAAAUAUGAAAAUGAAAAUAUUGAGAAUUAUCAGAAGGUUCCACUAGUUUCGUCCUCUCUCAUCACUUCCUCCGGGAUUUCUUUCUCUCGCCGCACUAAUUCUUGUUGUGUUGUUUCCCCCCACCGAUCCGACACUCUCAGUUGCUACAGUCCUCCCCGGGUUACUCCUCGCCGCUUCAGUUCUCGCCACCACCAUCCCUCCUCCUGCGUUCGACCCCACGGUUGGGAGUCCUUGGGUGCUGCCCAACUACUCAGACCUAAUCGGCGUAGUGCAUCUUCGACAUCCCACGCAAUUUUCAUUGCCGCCAUCAAAUUUCACGAGUCGUGUGGCCGUAUUUGGCACCGCAAUUCCUCCCUUAGGCUCGCUAGGAAAUACCCCAAAAGUUGGUCGUCCGAAAACGCCUUCGUUUGUUCGGCCAGUCUUUCGAAAUCCCACACGUAUUCUUCCACGGUGGUCGUUUGCCUUGUCGCCGCCAUCCUCUAAAAAAUGUCGCCACGGUAGCAACUCUCAAACCUAAUCAACAAAGCCUCCUUAAGCCCCUCCCACGAUCGGUCACUCGCUUUAUCUUUCCCAAACUUAAACCAAUAACCGACGCUUCCCUCCAUACUAAUAUGGGCCAAUUCGAUCUUCUCCGCCUCCACCACCUUCUGUAUUUCAAAGAAUUUUUCGGUCUGGUUGAUCCGGUUCAGAGGGUCGAGUCCUCCACAGGUAGAACCCCGACUUCCAUCGGCGUGUUUGGUGCGCACACCCAUCAUCCGCAUCAAUUAUUGGAUGUCUUUGUGCAUCGCAAUAGAGUCUUGACAAUUCGACGUUGUUCCGCCUUCAGCUCAUUUACAACCAACUCAAUAUGCUUCCAUCGUCCCUUGACUACGUUCAUUCUUCCCUCCAUUUUUUUGGUUCUCACCCGAAGAGUAAUCCGGCAAUUUCUUCAUCCGACAGGUCGGACCAAUUUGUUAGGAAUCCGGAAAGGAAAUUGGGCCGCUGAGAAAAGCAAGACUUGGGCUGACACUGUUGCUGCCACAUUUGGAUUAUUAGGCCAUUCAUAAAACGCUAUGUUUGGUUUGACGGUGCAGACUUGGAGAAUUGGGCUGAGUGGAUUGGCAAUGCUAAAUUGGGUUUGCCCUUUAGUGGAACGUCAUAGUUUUGGUGUUCUGUUCC